AUGUGUGCCGCACAGUGUGCCUGUGCGGUUGCCAGAAGUUCUCCAGCCUCAGCGGCACCGGAGGAAAAGGUUGAAGACCAGCUGAGUACACGCACCGCCAGUAGUUCGUCCUUCCCUCGCACUGGCAGCUCUCGGGAUGAGGAAAGUCCGGGACCGUCGCCUGGAUCCGCAGCUGCUGCGCUCCUUGCAGCAGUGUUGGCAGCGACAGGCCGGGAAGCAAAGGUGGCAGCACCCUGCAGCGCUCAGGCAGGUGACAAACCCGAAAGCUCUGACGUCAAGGAGCUCUAUGAAGCGUUGCAGGAUGUGCAGCAGCGAACCAAGCAUCUCCAAAUGAAGAUACGGAUUGCCGCCGAGGAGUGCCACGCGCUUGAGCAGAAGAUCGAAGGCCUGGCUCUUGCCCAUCGCCGGCGAGAGUUGCAGGUUUCUGAAAUUUGGCAGGAUGUGGAAGCAGGGAUGGCCAGCGUCAGGAAGGUGCUGCUAGCGACAACUGAUCCUGCACACCUGCGAGCGGCACGUGGACGUCAGGAACGACCCGAGGAGACCGCCACAGAAUUGGAGCGCUUGCAGAAGGAAGUGCGGCGGCAGGCUGUUGCCAUCCAGGUUCUCAGACAGUGGCAUGACGAGGCCGAAGCUCGCCAUCCGAAGACUCGAAUUGCGGUCCUAACCGCACAACUGGCUGAAGAACGGCGCCGGCGUUCAAAGGAGAUUCAGCAGGAGAUGGAUGAGAUUGCCAGAUUAGAAGGUCUGCGAAGAGCUUUGUCUGGAGCUGCUUGA